GUGCAGGUAGGAGUCUCAGGGUCAACACGCUUUCACACGGGAACGCAACCGUUUCGGACGUUGGACGAACGUAUGUUGCCGCAAAAGAUCAAGGCCAACUUGCUUUCAUUUUUUACAAUCUCCGUAUGGGAUGUGGAAUUUCAAAACGCGCCGAGUCUAAAUGUCAAGUUGUUUUGCUUGUUGAGAAUAAUAAUUAAUUGCCCCCUUUAUAUUUGCUCCGUGGGAUUAACGUAAUGGGAAAAAUUUGUUGCAACGCAUGUGGAGGUGUCUUCGUUUGUUAACUUUUAGAAAGUAUUCUCGCACCGUAUAAAUACAUCUCAUUUUUCUCUGUUUUGUCAGUAGUUGUUUUUGGUAUUAUUCGUGCAACGUGGAAGCUAACUUAGUGGUUUGGUGUUCGUACAAAAAAGCAUUCCUAAAGAUCAUCUUAGUACUCUCAACCCGUAACCGCAAAUAGAAUAGCAGCAAUCUUAAGCAUGGACUUAAGUCAACUGAAUCAAACCUGUCUUGCAGAAGGUGAUUUUGAGCAGCCGAUUGUCAAACUGCAUGAAUUGCCGAUAGGCGUUCCGUUUAAAAUUACUAGAGCCAAAAUUGUUAAUACAAAAUUUGGCAAUUCCGUGUUGCUGCAAUUAGAAAAUUCCGUAGUAUUUCUUCCUACUCGCGUGACAGAAGCUUUCCGUCCGAGACUAGAACACUUUGCGUCGGGGCAGUACAAACUGGUCUACGAGGGAUCCAAAGAUAUUGGAAAGCCCAACUCUUUAAAGAAAUUCAAAAUAAUUCAAAAUUAAUCAACAUAUUAUACAGGGUAAGUCUUAUUUACUGUUAUAUAUUUAAUAAACCACGAUGCGCGUAAAGCAGAUCAUUCAUAGAGCGCAAAUCUUAAUUUUAACCUUACAAAAAUUAAAAAAGCAUAUUUCCGACAAGUUCACUCUUAGAGAUAGUGAUGUGUGGCUUAGGAGACUAAAUAAAAAUAUUGAAUCUUGCAACCAAAUCGUUUCUAACGAAAAGGAUUUCUCUAUUGGGUUAAAAAGAAAAUUACAAACUACAAUUCAACAUCUGAAAGCUAUUAGAAAAAUUAUUCUUAAUUAUCAACAUAAGCAUUUUGGAUUGGGAUUACAAAGUAGUAGCCGCGAGACAAACACAAAUGAAAUGGUUGUAUGGGAAUCGGUAGCGUCGUGUUUCCAGGGAAGAGUUCAGACCGGUGUCAUAAUUAAUUUACUUCAUAAAGAUUUAAUUCAAUUUUUAAACGAUUCUCGUCCAAUAUUUCAACAAAAAAUUAGUCAAAUUUUAAAGAAAUUUUUAUUGCUGAAAGUAAAUACCACAUUUUGCGGUGAAUUUAUUAAGGCAAAAAAUGAUGUCCAAGGCGAAGUUGAUGUUAAAUAUCUGAGUACCGGAAAUGCUGUAGUUGAUUUAGGAACAGAAUUGAAUGAUUGGUUUGUUGAAAAUGUGCAAGAUAAAAUUUUAAAUCAAAUGUCAGAGUUUCAGGAACGUGAUUCCGGGUGGGCUUUAAAUAAUAUUAUUUAUUUAGAGAUUAACAUUAAUAAAUUUGAAAUGGGUAACGGGUCAUCCUUCGUUGAGUUGCCUAAAGAAAUUGCGAAUAAAAGGGCUUGUAUUAACAUUAGAAAUGACGAUCAAGCGUGUUUUUAUUGGUCAGUUGUAUGCGGACUCUUUCCAGCACGUUUUCGUCAGUAUUUACCCUCUUCAUAUCCAUACUACAAAAGUGUUUUGAAAACUGAAAAUUUACAAACACCUAUGGAAAUGAAUAAAAUAAGCAAAUUUGAAAAAGACAAUGAUAUUUCCAUCAAUGUUUAUAUCUUAGAGCUUAAUAAAAAUGAAAAAACUAGUUUUUAUUCCGUGUUACCUGCACGAUUAACAAAAGAAAAACGCGAAAAACAUUCAAAUUUGUUGUUAAUACAAAAUAAAUAUUAUCCAAAAGUUAAUGAUUUUGAUCCUGAUCCGCAAGAUAAUGAUUAUGAAGAAAUAAAAUAUCACUAUUGUUACAUUAAAAAUUUGUCUCGAUUAGUUUCCUCACAGCUCAGUAAAUAUAAUCACAAGAAAUACAUUUGCGAUAGGUGUUUGAAUUAUUUCAAUAACGAAACUCGUCUACAUGACCACGAAACAAUAUGUUCCAGUUUCAAUGAGUAUAAAGUGUCUUUUCCCAAAUAUGAUUACGUUGAAUUUCGAAACCAUAUAUAUAAACAAAGGACUCCGUUUGUAAUUUACGCCGAUUUUGAGAGUCAAUUGAGAAAAGUAAAUUUGAAAAUUUCAGAUAAAACCUCGAAAUACCAAAAGCACGAAGCUUACAGUGCUGCAUAUUACUUUAAAUGUUCUUAUGAUGAUUCAAUAUCAUUUUUCAAAAGUUAUCGUGGUCUAGAUUGUAUUGAUUGGUUCGUGGAGGAAAUAUCUAAUUUAUCAAAAUUUGUUCGUUCAAAAUUUAAGGAUAUUAUACCAAUGGAUAGUGAAAUUAGUCUAGAUCAAAGGUCGAGUCAUUGUCAUAUUUGUGAAAAACCUUUUUUAAAAGAAGAUGUUAUUGUUCGUGACCAUGAUCAUUUUACUGGUAAAUUUAGAGGUUUUGCCCAUCAGGCUUGUAAUUUAAAUUUUAAAAAAAUAUUUGUAGUGCCCGUAGUAUUCCAGAACCUUUCUGGAUACGAUAGCCACUUCCUGCUUCCGGUUUUAGCAAAAAAAAGCUAUGUAUCCAUAGUUCCGGUUAAUAAGGAAAAAUACAUCUCUUUUACAUAUUUCGAACCUGAUUAUAACAUAAAAUUUAGAUUUAUAGAUUCGUUUAGAUUUUUGGGAGCAUCUCUGGAUAAUUUAGUUUCCAGUAUGGAUAAAAAUGAACUAUAUAUUUUAAGAAAAGAAUUUUCCGAUCUCGACGAAUCAAAAUUAAAUUUACUGUCGCAAAAAGGUAUUUUUUGUUACGAUUACAUCGACCAUAUAGACAAAUUAAAUGAAACAACUUUACCCCCGAUUGAAGAAUUCUAUAAUAAAUUAAGUGAAAGCAAUAUUAGUGAAGAAAAAUAUUCCCACGCACAAAGUGUUUGGCAGUCGUUUGAAAUAAAAAAUUUAGGCGAGUAUUCAGAUUUGUAUUUAAAAACCGACGUUAUUCUUCUGGCAGAUAUAUUCGAAAAUUUUCGAAAAACUUGUAUGGCAACACACGUUUUGGAUCCGGCGUGGUAUUUCAGUAUGCCCGGGUAUACAUGGGAUUGCAUGCUUAGAUUCACAAAAUGUCGUUUAGAACUUUUGCGCGACAUUGACCAAAUUAUGUUUAUCGAGCGGGCUAUACGAGGUGGAAUUUCGGUGUGUGUUGGUAGAUAUGCGGAGGCCAACAAUAAAUAUAUGCCCAACUACGAUUCAUCCAGGGAUGAUUCCUAUAUCAUGUACUUUGACGUCAAUAACCUCUAUGGCAAGGCCAUGUGCGAGCCUCUUCCUUACGGAGGAUUCGACUGGAUGUCUCAUCAAGAGAUUGAUUCAUUUAAUGUCAUGAACAUUCCAGAUGAAUCUUCCCAAGGAUAUAUCCUAGAGGUAGACCUGGAAUACCCGCAGAAAUUACAUGACACACAUAGAGAUUUUCCAUUUUGUGCCGAACAUCGAGUGCCCCCCAAUUCAAAGUUACCAAAACUAAUGACUACUUUGUAUAAUAAAGAAAAAUACGUCAUACACUAUCGCAAUUUAAAACAGGCUCUCAAAAACGGUCUCGUACUAAAGAAAAUUCACAAAAUAUUAAAAUUUAACCAAUCUCGUUGGUUGAAAUGUUAUAUCGAUCAUAAUAAUAAAUUAAGAACCCAAGCAAAGACAAAAUUUGGUAUAAAUUUAUACAAAUUGUUUAAUAAUGCCGCUUACGGUAAAACAAUGGAAAACAUUCGCAAGCAUCGUAUUGUUAAAUUUGUUAAAGCGUGGGAUGGUCGCUACGGUGCGAAAAAUUUAAUUUCUAGUCCUAGAUUUCACAGUAGAACCAUACUUGAUAACAAUUUGUUGCUUAUAGAAUUAAAAAAAUCGGAACUUUGCUUUAAUAAGCCACUUUAUAUUGGAAUGUCCAUAUUGGAUUUGUCGAAAACGACCAUGUACGAGUUUCAUUAUAAUUACAUGCUUCCAAAUUUGGGUCCCGAAAAAUGUAAAAUUCAAUACAUGGAUACGGACAGUUUCAUUUAUAAUAUCAAAUGUUAUGACGCAUAUGAAAGCGUUAUUAAGGCCGAUUUAACAAAAUUUGACACGUCUGAUUAUCCUAAUGACAAUCCCUAUAAUAUACCGCAAAUCAACAAAAAGGUUUUGGGGUUGAUGAAGGAUGAGACUAAUGGCACCAUCAUUAGUCAUUAUGCUGGGUUAAGGUCGAAAAUGUAUACUUUCAAAAUUUUAACGGGUUCGGUAGUUAAAAAGUCAAAGGGUAUUCAGUACAAUAUUGUAAAAAAUAAAAUUUCAUUUGAUGACUACGUAGAAUGCUUAACAAAUUUUAGGGAAAAGUACGCCACUCAACGAACCAUUCGUUCAUACACUCACAAUGUAUUUAGCAUCGAACAAACAAAAGUUGCCUUGAGUCCUUUAGACGAUAAACGUUAUCUUUUGCCGAAUUCAUAUGAAACGCUUCCGUGGGGACAUUAUAAAGUGCCGUAAUUAUUUUUUAAUAUAUUUUUGUUACAGAUUAUGGUCAAGCAACUUACAUUAGAAAGCCUUUGUAUUAUAACAAUUUGCGAAAAUAUUAGGUGUAGUGCUGAUUUUUUGCUUGAGUCACCUUUGCCUUGGAAACUAACGAUACUAAUAUUUAAAUAUUAUUCGAAAUAUAGAUGGAGGUACCUUAAACAACUAGCGCUCCAGUCUGAUGGCAAUUCUUUAUUAAAUUUAGAAUUCAUUCUGUUGAAUAAGAGAUUUGGAUCGUCUUACAGAAAUAGCAUUUUGGCAACUCCAACCAUUGAUUUUGACGGAGAAUCCGCUUACUGUUUAUGGGUCAGUUAUUACAGGAUAAAAUAUUCGGAAAUUUUAGUUUGUAAAUCUUGUCACUUUAUAUUUCAAGUAGUUAAAAAAUUUAAAAAGAAAAAUUUUAGACUUUUAUUGGAUCACUAUCAUUUACAGCUGGAUAUAAAUAAUUUGAAUGAUGUAUAUCACGAUAAACAAUUUUGGUGUCAAAGCUGCUUUGAAGAAGUUUUGUUCACUGUAGAAACUGAAGAUGAAUGUAAUUUAAUGCUUCACGAUGAGAGAAAAUAUGGAAAAAAGUUACGCUUUUCUGAUAGCACAUUGAACUAUUAAUACUGUGGUUUUAUUAUAACAUAUGUAACUGUAGAUAAGGCUUUUAUGUAUUGAUUGUAUGCCAUUGUAUUGCAACAAGAAUAAACAUGUAUAUAUUUAGACGCUAUUUUCUUUUUUACCACCACCACAACACCGCAUAAUAAUUACACAGAAGUUUGUAAUUGUAUAAUUUAUUUAUUAUAUACAUUAUUACUAUUUUACAAUUUCGUUAAAUGCUAAAUUAUUAAAUUGUUCUAGUUUUCUUUUGCACUCUUGAGCUUGCAUCCGCGCCACUUGCAAGUCUGUAUUAAAAAGCGCAAUUUGUGUUUCAAUUUCGUUGAUAUUGCACUCUAAUCCCGACAACUGAGACGCCAAGUUUCUUUUUAAAUUGAAUGCCUCACAAAUGACACUUUUUUCUCUACCGUCCGUGAACACUUCGAGCCAAUCAGCGGAUGACGUUGGAGCUGCAAACGCUUCACUUGUGGUAGUUUUCUUCUUCUUCUUGCGGGAUACGACCGACGCACUUUGUUUUCGUUUGGUCGCAGAUUUUUUGGUUUGUUGCUCUACAGGAACGAAGCUGGACGGGAGCACUUCUGAUGAAGGAAAUUGCAACUCGAAAUUUUCCAAUAAAUUAUACAAUUCGUUGGAUGUCACAAUUUUCUCUUGAGCCAUCAUAUACACGUAUUUAUGUCAGAACUUCUAAAUCGAGACUAAAUUUAUUUCAAAACGUCUACGUUGUCUACCCACGAAUCGUGCGACUUAUCCAAUCCCAACCAGCGCACGAGAACCAUAUUGCCUCGUCUGCGCAACACCUUUUCGACGAGAUAUAAGUCCGGGUUAACUGUCUUCUGCAAUUCUUCUUCAUAAAAUCCGCCCAUUAUGGGUUUACCCUGCAUAUCUUGAAGCAAAUACG